UUAUUUUUUUUUUUUUUUUUGGACAAAGGGAACUAACAAAAUAAAAACUAACAAAAUUUAGUCAAUACUAAAAUGGGCAAAACUAUGGAGUUUAGUCCCAAUCAUGUAGUAGAUCUAAUCCUCAAACGUGCAAUUAUACUGUACAACUCUCCAACACGUUCUUUUGCACCAUUUUACAUAUAAAAAAAAUGUCUACUUCGAUUAAACUCCCUCAAUAAAUCUGUUUUUUUGUUUUGUUUGUCAACACUUAUUCUUCCUAGCAACCAAAAAUGGCUGCUCUCACAACUCUCCUCUUUGUGCUUCUCCCCCUCGUCUUCCUCAUCGCUACCCUCACUACCUCCGCCGAUGAAACAGCCAAACCCAUCGUGGAGGACGACGAGAAUGAGGACUUGAGUUUCCUAGAAGUACCUAAGGCACCUAGAAACCACCCUUACUAUGCUGACCCAAAGUAUAAGCCCCAGGGGGAUGAUGAAAUUGACCUCGACGACUUCCAAGCACUUUCUCCUCCUGUUUUCGACGACAAAGACGUGGUGGUGCUAAACAAGACCAACUUUGAUGAGCUCAUCAACAUGACCAUGUAUGUGAUGGUUGAGUUUUAUGCACCGUGGUGUGGAUAUUGUAAGCAGCUUGCGCCGGAAUAUGCAGCGGCCGCUACCGAGCUGAAGAAGGGAGGUUCGGAUGCCGUGCUUGCUAAGGUUGAUGCUAUUCAAGAGACCGAGUUAGCUGAUAAGUAUAAUGUUGAUGGAUUUCCUACUCUUUAUUUAUUUGUUGAUGGUGUAUAUAAGUCAUAUGAGGGUGAAAGGACCAGGGAGGGCAUAGUUUCUUGGCUAAAGAAAAAGAUAGGGUAUGCAGUUAACAACGUGACAACAGUUGAAGAAGCAGAGGAUAUCUUGCUUGCUGAAUCAAAGCUCGUCGUUGCGUAUGUUGAUAGCUUAACGGGCCUAAACAGCGAGGUUCUUAAUGCUGCAGCCGAAGAAGAAGAUGGUGUCAACUUCUACCAGACAACAAGUGCUGAUGUAGCUGAAGUAUUUCAAAUUGACUCCAAGGUGAAACGCCCUGCCUUGGUUUUGUUGAAGAAGGAGGUUGAGAAGUUAUCCCAUUUUGAUGGUGAUUUCGCAAAAUCAGCUAUUCUAGAUUUUGUGUCCAAAAGUAAGCAGCCUCUAAUAAUCAAUUUCAACAUGGAAAGUGCUUCAUUCGUAUUUGAAAGCCCAAUCCAGAAUCAGUUAUUCCUUUUCGCUCCUGCCCAACAUUUAGAGAAUCUCACCCGUACACUCGAGGAAGCAGCUAAAUUGUUCAAGGGAAAGAUCAUUUUCUCGUAUGUGCAAAUGGACAAUAAAGAAUACGGACAGGCAAUGAUGGAUUUCUUUGGGGUCGAAGGAGAUGCUCCAAGAGUUCUUGCAUACACUGGAAAUGAUGAUCGUAGGAAGUUUUUUCUGGAUGGGGAUAUUACAUCUGACAGUGUUAAGUUGUUUUCUGAGAACUUUUUGGCAGACAAGCUCGAGCCAUUCUACAAAUCCGAUCCUAUUCCAGAGAACAAUCAUGGAGAUGUGAAAAUUGUUGUGGGAAAAAAUUUCGAUGAGAUUGUUAUGGAUGAAUCAAAGGAUGUACUUCUUGAGAUAUAUGCUCCUUGGUGCUCUCAUUGUAAAGCACUCGAGCCAACCUAUACUAAUCUUGCUGGACAUUUGAAAGGAAUUGAGUCGUUGGUUGUAGCAAAAAUGGACGGCACUAAAAAUGAGCAUGCAAAAGCUAAGGCGCGGGGAUUUCCCACCAUUCUUUUCUACCCUGCUGGAAAGAAGAGCUUUGAUCCGAUUAUUUUUGACUCGAAUCCAACUGGUGCGGAACUCUACAAGUUCACGAGAAAGCAUGCUACAACUCCUUUCAAGAUUCAAAAACCAAUCUCUACAUCAUUUGAAGAUGCUGAGCCUAACAUUGCUGAGACUGUCCCAACUACAGAUGCCGCUGUCGGUAACCAAGAUGCAAAAGAUGAACUAUAAACAUACUAGUUAGAGAAUCUUUACAAUGUAUUAGGAUCAUAUACCUUAAGUUCCACUUGAUUAUUUGGUCCACUUAUCUUGGUUAUCUUAUUUAUAGGAAACAUUGAUUAACCUAGGUACUUGAAUGAGUCAUAAUUUUGCACCAGUAGUCCAAUUAAUAAAAAUUUUUUUUGAAAAGUAUAAA